GUUUCCGCGCGGAACGUAAUCCGUGACUGAACGGAUUCGCUCACGCGACCGGUCUUCUUUAUCUGCUGGAAUUCGCGGUUCGCGCGACGAUAUAUGUAUUUCACGUCGAUCGGCCGUCGACAGACGCUCGAUAACGCGACGCGACCGCGGAUGUGAAUGGUCCCCGACGAUCGGCCGCCAGUGCCAGAUAAAACCGGACUUGCAAUCUGGUGAGUAACGAGUCUUCGAGUGGCAGUUCUACGGGCUGCAACCUCGAGUCUCUCUCGUCGAGCUGCAUCCUGGAAAAUCGGCUCUCUCUCUCGAACCACCAAAUCCCGAAGGGAACUCGAAGAAAAUUUAACGAGGACUGGCAUUGCUCUCAGCGCUCGAGAAAUUACUUUUCAAGUCUUUAAAAGGACUGGGAAAAAGAUUUUUUUAACGAGACGAUUAGUAGUGAGUGAGUUUAAGUGGAGUUGUGGGAAAUCGUUGGGAAAUUGAAGGAUAAGACUGAGGCUCGCCAGUGAAAGGAAGUUCCAGUUCGUGUUACGUUGGAGGGAAAUUCGACCGUCGGCGUCGCGGAUAGCUCUGAACGUUGACUUUUAUCGUGUGGAUUCCUCGAAGAAAGGAAGAGUCCUGGACGUCAAUUCUCGUGGGGUUAAGUGGACUGGGUGACCGAACACGAUUGAUGCUUCCGCUUUGGAGGUCGUAGACUGACUUUACAACUUGGAAAGCUUGGAUAACGUGCAAAAAACAUUUCGUAUCGAAACGUGGUGGAACUUUGUAAUCAGAGUAGAGUCGAAGGGUAUCGAUUACCUGAGCGUGGAAAACAGAGACUAGAGGAAAAGUGGCUGAUCGAUUGAAUAAUUGAUCCAUAAUGGUUCGUUUUAUUGAGAAAAUGUCUGGCAGAUCGGUUUGAAGGGAAACUCGGUUGUAAUGAAUCUUGCUUUGGACACAGGGGAACUGAAUGCAUGGGAUGUGCUCGGGGAAUCUGAUAGCAGAAUUUUCUAUGAUUCCAGGAAGACUGAUUGGCUGCUUUGGAAACAAGUUUUGUUAGUUCACUUCGGGGACUUUUGGCUGAUAUCGUUAUUCGUCGGUCUAUUAGACAUUUUUUUGUGGGAGGAAUUAGAGGCUUGAAGCCUAAAAUUCUACUCGAAUUCUGGGAUCGAUCGAUAGAAGAUUGAUCUUUCAGUGAUAACGCAGAGGUUACAUUAGUUGACAGACUAAAAUUCUAUCAAAAUUGUUGGAUCCUUUGAUUAAUAAUUGAUCUUUCACAGAGACACAAAGGUUACAUUCCCAUCUAUCCCUUCCUGUCUAUAAAGUCCACUUAUAACAGAAGCGAGUCUUUGAAAUCUCAACUUUGACUAGAACCGCGAGAUUUCUAGAUUUAUCGAUCGAUUUAUGUGGAAUCACAGAUUGUAUCGACGCGCACUAAUCGAUCGAGACACGUGUCGGUUCGAACGAAAUAAAACUGAACGUUAAUCGUUCAAACGCAAAGAAUGACUGGAGAUAAAUUUUUGAUUUAACGCAUCCAGUUGCACGAUACGAUAUCUCGGCGUGGGAUUAUAUUUGAACAAGUCAUUAUCAGAAAAAGAAACAAAGAAAAAGGACACUACGCCGUUGACUACCUGUAAAGAAUCGAAUUAAAGGAUUAAGCGUCGUUGAAUCGAGAUAAAAUAAUAAGUUAUCGCGAUAAGAGGCGAUCUAACGCGUCUAGCGAUACGAAAUUUUUGGAAUAUUUUACGUCUCGACGCAGCGUUCGUGAAAAGUCCACCCGAGGAUUAGAAUGAGUCUCGCCAAUGGGAUGAAUAACUCGAACGGGAACGUGGACAAGCAAUCAACAGCUAAGAUGGAACCCGACAUGGACGAGGCGAAGAGGCGGGAGAAGAAAGGUGUUACUUAUCAGAUAAUCAUGGCAUUGUGUGCGAAUUCCUCUGUUCUGGGGCCUGCCAUGGCCUUCGGCUAUAGUGCUGUGGCACUGGAUCCAUUAAUGGCACCCACGAGUGACAUAAAAAUUGACAAGGUUCAAGCAAAUUGGAUAGCCACGGUGACAGCGUUGGGGAUUCCGUUUGGCUGCAUUCUCUCCAGCUACACCAUGAGACGCGGAAGAAAACUGAGCUUGCUGAUAACGUCCAUCGUUUCCGUGGCGGGCUGGAUCGUCAUAUACACGUCUGGGUCAUACCAACAGAUCCUCGUGGGUAGAAUUAUAUCCGGAAUUGCGACCGGUUCGGCCUCGGUCCCAGCGACUGUCUACAGCGCGGAAGUUGCCUCUCCUAAAUGGCGCGCCACAAUGGUUACAUGGACCAGCGUGGCCAUUGCCAUCGGAGUCCUCAUUGUUUACAUUUUCGGCUACCUGUUUAAGGACAACUGGCGAUUGGUGGCUCUGAUGUGCGCCUUGUUUCCGUUGGUCUCGGGCGCGCUAACCUUGGCCGUCGUCCCAGAAACCCCGAUCUGGUUGCGGGACCGAGGUCGUCUAGACCAGGCACUGGAGUCCCUGAAGAGAUUCCGAGGCAUUCCAAAAAAUACAUCCCCCACGUCGGAGCUGCUGCAAGAACUGCGACAACGGCCGCAGAAGAAGAAGCAGAACCUGCUGAAGCAUCUGCUGAAGAGGAACGCCUUGAUGCCGUUCGGCAUCAUGCUCGCUUACUUCUUCUUCCAGCAGUUUUCUGGAAUAUUCGUGGUGGUCUAUUACGCGGUGGACAUUAUUCGUAGCGCCGGUAUCACGAUAGACCCUUACCUAGGGGCGGUCCUGAUAGGGUUCACCAGGUUGGUGGGCAGCGUGCUGGUGGCCUGCCUGUCAGGAAAGUUCGGUCGACGAAUACCCUCGAUAGUUUCUGGAUCUGGGAUGACGAUCUUCAUGGGGAUACUGUCUGUCUACCUGGUGAUGGAGGACAGAGGCUAUGUCAUCAAGGACGGCGGCGUGAUACCCGUGGUCUGUGUAUUAGUAUACAUUUUCUCGAGUACCUUGGGCUUCCUGGUGGUUCCCUUCGCCAUGGUGGGCGAAGUGUACCCUGCCAAAGUCAAGGAAGUGCUGACAGGACUGACCACCUGCGUGGGAUACAUCUUCAGCUCGGUCACCGUCAAGACGUACCCCGACAUGGAGGCUGUGAUGGGCAGGCACGGUGUGUUUAUCUUCUUCACGGUGUUGUCGUUGGCGGGCACGUUGUUCGUGGUGUUCUUCUUGCCUGAAACCAAAGGCAAGACGCUGACGGAGAUCGAGGAAAUGUUCUCGCGGAAGAGGUGUCUGGUCGAUCUACAAGAGAAGGAGAGAAUGAUGGACCUCAAAGACGUUACCUCGGAACCGUAGACUUCCUUGAGGAUUAACUCCAGUUGGGGGAACGUGAAAAAUUGUUUGUUGAUAUCAGUGUGUGCGAGAGGUCGAGGCUGUUGCUUCAGAAUGACGUCGCUUUUCUCAGAUUCGAUGGCGUGUUGUACUUGUACUUUAAUCGCAAAUCACCGUUCCAUGUGGAUCUCGUUUGGUACUCUUUAUUUAAUGUUCCGGCUUUUUUGUUUUAAACUGAUGCCUAGUUUUAAAUAAAAAAUUGGAAACAUUAAAAAAGAAUUCCUGUCGGGGAUACAUAGAACUAUUGUAUCUCGUCCUAAAAUCUUGCCAGCUAACUGAAGUAAGAUUUGAACCUGAAAAACGAAAGGAAACUGUAAAUACUGUUCAAGAACGUUUAAAAUUGAUGUACUAAGGAAAUUUUUAAAUGUAGUUUAAUAUAUACGGUUGUAGAUACUGUCUAAAAAUGCUUGAGGUUUAUAAACUAACGAACGAUCUAGUUAAGCAUUGUUCGAAUCUGUUUUUUAAGAAUAGCGAAGAAAUGAAUUUGCAUUUCAACUAGUCUAGUAUUCUUUUGGAUGAUAAAUAAUCAUGUUAGCUACUUUUCGAUUAAGAAACGUGUUCCCUUAUGUAUAUGCAGCUUUUUUAUUUAACAAGUUACUAACAAUAAGUGAGAUUACCAAGCUAAGCAACGAUUAUCUGCCGUCUGUGUUCACGUACUUUUAAUAUAAACUUCUACUAGGUUACAACAAGUCGGACGAAACAUUUUUAUACAAUCAAAAAGGUAUUCAAUAUUCCGAAAAGAAAUAAUCGUUUAUCAUGUCACUCUUCAAAUGUUUUGUGAGAUCGAUAAUUAUCAAAUAAAUUAUUAUAAACGACUGAGAUGUGUGUUUAAUUAUUUCAUUUAAAAACAAAUUGCUUAACAUUGAAGUGGAAAACAAGAAAUGGUUCGCUCUGUAAUUUCAGAAUUAGUACAGUAGAUUGAUUGACUUUUCUUGUCAAAUUUGAUUGAGAAUAAACUGAUGAUGUUAUCAUUUGCACAAUUGUGAAUUACUUGUAUUUAUAAGGUAGACACUUAGUUCUAACGAAAUGUAUUUGAUAACAAGGCGAGUGAAUGAUAAGAGACUGAUUGAUUGUUACGAUCGGAAAUUUCCAUAGGAAAUAAAAUCGAAAAUUGAUGUAAUCUUUCAUUAAUUAUCUUGUGGUGUUUCUUAUAGUUGCUGUUGGUUCAUAUAAAUAUUAUGCUAUACUAAUUGUUUCUUUGCAAUAUUCAAUAUUAUAUAAUAAAAUGCAAUACAAUAAUACAAAAUACAUAAUAACACAACAAAGCUCUCGAAAACUGUACAAA